CCGACUGUCUUGAUUGUCGCGCCCCGGCAUUUCCUUGCUUCUAUGGCUACUGCAUUGCAGUCCAAACCAAACCCGCGUGCCACCGCAAUCCCGUAGGUUGCGGUUUGGCGUUCUUCUUGGUCCACUCUUGAGUGUUUCCGUACGAAAAGAGCAGCCAGGCCCUUCGAAGAGCACCUGAAUCGCUCAGCUGCGUGCGAUUCAGCUGCGUGCGAUUCAGCGUGCGAUUGACGACUAGAGCAUCCGAAUCAACUAAGGACGUCAUGCAGAAUCUAGUGGUUUCCGCCGAAACCCGCUAUCGCAUCCCCCUCGCACCACGGCCGUCCGAUUCAAUCGUACGAGCCGAUGUGCGAUCUGAUGACGUCAGCGGUGGCAGCCUGGUUGGUAGUGGGAAUUCCGUGGAAGGUUCUGGUUUGGAGCGGUUGGUUGCGGUAGCGUGGGAUACGGAGGGGUCGUUACUGUAUGGCGUGACGGACGAGUGCACUAUCUACGGUCUAGAUUUAACUACGGGUCGGCUCUUAUUCGAGCAUUCCUUAGUGCUAUCCGGCGAUCUGCCCCUCCCCGACAGAAUAGUAUCCGCACGCUACCUGCCAUCCCAUGCCGCCCUCUUCUUGGCGUUUUCCCGCGGGGAAAUGGGGCUCUUUUCCCCCCCAACCAAUCAGGGCACUGGCGGACUUGGGGGAGGGUUUGGGGAACGGGGAGGGGUUGGCGGGGAGGGGAUCGGCGGAGCGAUGGGGGGAGCGGAAGGGGGAGAGGGCGGAAGGUUUGAGAUAGUGGGAGAGCUGACAGGGGGGCUGGCGGCAGUGGUGUGGGCGCCAGACGAGGAGGAGGUGGCGGUGGUAACUGGUGCAGGGCGAUUGCUCACCAUGACAAGCGACUGGCAGGUGUUGAUGGAAGUGCCUCUGGAGCAGCACGAGCCACACGUUACAGUUGCUGAGGGACUCUCAGCCAACCAGCAGCUGCCACCUGGCACGUACAGCCCCGGUGACGUGGUGCUCAGCUGGCGUGGAGACGGAAAGUUCUUUGUAACUUCCAGCAGAAGAGCACCAAUUAGCAGCAGCGGAAGAAAAGAGGGGUCAGCAGAGGGGGAAGGAGGAGAGAGUGAGGAAGGGAGAGGAGGAGGAGGGGAGGGAGGGGGUGGGGAAAAAGGGAUUAGGAAUGAUGAGAGGAGUGUGGAGGGCGAGGGUAGGUGGGUGGUGCGAGUGUGGGAGAGAGAGAACUGCUCUUUGCAUUCCGUUGCUGACGUGGCAUGUGGGAACCACCUGACGGGGCCUGUUGCGUGGCAGCCAGCUGGCGCGCUGAUCGCUGCAGCUGCUUGCAGAUGGGAGGAGGGAGGGGGAGAGGAGAGGAGAGGAGUCGUGGGGGAGAGAGGAGGGGAGGGAAAGGAGAGGGUAGGGAGAGAGGGGGGGGCAAGAACCCAGACAGGUGUUGCGGGUGCGAGGGGCGUAACGUCUGCUUUGCCGGUUAAGGACGCCUCGUUUCCCGAAGCAGGGUCGGUGCGACAGGUGGCGGGGGCAGGGCCGCUGGGGGGGAGAGGGGCAGAGCAUAGGGCAUGGGCGGCGAAGCGAGAGGUGCCGGGGAGAGGGGAAGUCGGACGAGGGGGAGAGCAGGGAGGGGGCGGAGUGAGCAGGAGGGUCAAGUGUGCCCAUGAGAUUGUGUUCUUCGAGCGCAACGGGCUCGAGAGAAACCACAUGCAGCUUGCAGGCUUGCCAGGAGACAAGCCACUACAAGAGGACUUGCCACAGUCCUCUUCUCCAUCAGACUUGCAACCUUCCGCUUCUCCUCCUUCCAAUUUGUGGUCUCUGGACUUAUCAGCAGCAGCACCAGCAGCCAGCUGCCCGUGCUGUGGCUGCCACGUGGCAGCUGUUGAUUGGAGCAGCGACUCUCAGCUGCUGAGUGUGGCCUUGGAGACCCGCGAUUGGCUGGCGAUGCAGGUAUACUAUCGGUGCAACUACAAGUGGUAUUUGAAGCAUGAAACGCGCUCCAACAAGCACCCACAACCAGCAGCAGCCACGCCACUCCCCCCCUCUCUCCCCGUCCUCUGGCACCCAGAGUCCCCCUCCUCCGCCCUCUCCUUCUCCCCCCUCGGGGUCAUCUCCUCCCUAGAUUUCAUCUGGGCUCCUGGCACUGUAGCACCCGGCAAUCCCACUGUAGCUGUGAUCGACGGCCAGGAUUUGAGGAUCUCGUCACUGCUGCUGCACGGGGUUGGGGGGGGCGCAGGGGGAGGGGGGAGUGGGGGGCUGCUCCCCCCGCCGUACUGCCAUCGGGUGGAGGGCUUUCCGGCUGCUGUGGUGGCGGUGGCCGGUGCUAAGCUGGCAGCUGUUGACGUGGGGGGCUGUGAUUGGUGGGUGGAGCCCGGCAGUGCGGUGCAGAGCGGUGGGAAGCGUGGAGCAGAGAUUGUGGGAGCGGUGCUUUCCAAUGGGGAUGUGGGCGUGCUGGUGAGACCAGAAGGGUUGGAGGAAAAGGAGGAAGGGGGAAUGGAGGAGGAAGAGGCAGAGGAGGAGGAGGAUGGUUUGCUGGAAAUCACAAGUUUCAUAGCCACUCUAGACAACAGCACCAGCACCACCCCCAGCACCAGCACCAGCACCAGCACCAGCACCAGCACCAGCACCAGCAGCGGAUACAGCAUAACCAGGCACGACAUUGGUCGCAUGCGGCACGCAGCAUGGGUCUCGCCCAGCCGCCUCGUGGGAGUCAUUGCAGCCUCACAGCAUGGGGCAUCCGACCAGGACGGAACUCUUGAGCAGGCUGCAUCCGAGCAGGCUGGUUCUCUUGACUUGGUUGUAGAACUGGAGCUGCGGCGAGAGAGGGGGGAUAGGGCUAGUGGUAGCAGCGAGAGCGGGAUUGGAGGGGCGUCUGGGUUGCACAGGCUUGGGGAGAGGGAGGUGGGAAGAGCAGUGAUGAGUGUGGUCGGGGUGGUGGCGUUGCCGCAUCCAGUGGUGGCUCUGGCCCGUGCCACUCCUGCUGCCGUCUCUGCUGCUGUCUCUGUUGUUGUUGCUGCUGCUGGUAGUUCGUGUGUGCGGCCUGGGAAGGGGAUCAGCAAGGUGGGGCCGUCGGUCUUCUUCUCUCUGUCCGACGGCUCGGUGCUUCGCUACAUUCCCUCCUCCUCUACACGCACUGCCAUCCAUGCAUCUUCCCCAUCCGCACCCACCUCCACUCCUCCCUCCCCCUCCACGGAGCUGCUGCUUCGGUUCCCCGAGCCAUGCCCCUGGAUUGACGUUGUGGAGGCACGGGUUCAGUCACCAACAGCGGCAGCUGUAGAUACGUCACCAUCAUUGGGACCAGCAUUAACAACAACAGCUGCAGCAGCACCAGCAGCAGCAGCUCCUGUGACGGUCAUGUGUGUUGGGAGGUCGCGCCGUGGGCGGCUGUAUGUCAGCUCUGGCGCUCUGCACAACCCUAGCAUGGGAGCUGGUGGCACUCCCUCAGGUUCCUCUAGCGCUCUGCGUAACCGUAUCAUGGGGCCUGUAACCAACCUUGCAAAGGCGCCUGAGGCUACACUGGUGUGUGACGACUGCUCUUCCUUUGUGCUCCACUUUAUGGCAGUUCCCAAGGCUCCCAGGGCUCCCAAGGCUCUCAAUGCUCCCAAGGUUCAGUUAAGCACGGUGUCUCAAGCAUUAUCCCCAUGCCACGUCAUCACCCUCGUGUUCACUUCAGUGUCGGGCGCUAUAGUCACUCGAGACCUGUUUACUCUGGCUCUCGGGGCGGGUACUGGCCCCCAGGGAGCAGAAGGAGGACCUGGUGCUUCUUCAGGUGUUUUUUCAGGUGCUUCUGUUGCGCUCCCAGGUGCAGUCCCAGGCAGGGUGUCGGAGGAGGGGACGAGGGCAGGAGUGGGUGGGCCGGCGGGCAGCAGAAAAGGACAAAAGGGGAAGGUGCCGUCAUCAUUGCUGUCUUGUCCUCUGUGGGAAGGAAGGGCGGUGCUUGUAGCGGGGCUUGGGCGGCUGAGAGUGGGAGGGGAUGAGAUAGAGGAGAGGGGGGAGGGAGAUGGAAGGAAGUUGGAGGCAGGGGGGGAGGAGGUGGAGGGAUUUGAGGAAGAGGAGGAAGAGGAGGUGGAGGGGGAGCCGGCAGUGGUUCUCCAGGCGACACGUGGCAGUCUGGAAUUGGUCUACCACAGGGCGCUCGUGCUCCGGGCGGUGGGGCUGUUGCUGAGUCAGCACCGCUUUCUGGCGGCUGCUGAACUGGCGCGACGCCACAGGCUGGACCCAAACGUGCUUGUCGAUUUCGGCGGCUGGCAUUCAUUCGCCGGAGUGUCCAAGGUGGUAUCUCCUGCUGACGUGGCAGGUACUGCUGACAUGGCAGCCCCUGCUGACGUGGCACCGGCUGCUGAAGUGGCAGCAGGGGAGGCAGCCAGGGGGAGCGGAGCGCGGGAGUUUGUGCGGCAGGUGGGGGAGGGGGGUCUGCGGUAUGUGAGCGAGCUGAUCUACGGGCUGAGAGAGGAAGAUGUGGCAGAGAGAGGGGGGAUGUAUGGGGAGGUGCUUGCUGGGAUGGGGGGAAGGGGAGGAGGGGACGAACUAGGGGAAGUGAGAGGAGUGGAAGGAGGGGGAGGAGGGGGAGGAGCAGGAGGAGUUCCUCCUGCUUCCUCCUCCACUGCACCCACUUCCGCCUCCUCCUCUUCUGCCUCCGCCGCCCCUCCAAGUGUUGCAGGCAAGGUGACAGCUGUGUGCACCGCUCUCCGGGUGGCGCUAGAGGCCGAGAUGCCGCCCAGCGUCGUCCGGGACACUUGCGUCCUGAGCACCUACGCGUGCAGCCAGCCGCCCAUGUUGGAAGCAGCUCUCUUGCGGAUCAAAGCGGUGAGAGAUGCUUCUUUGGUCACCAGCAAACCUGCUCACCCCACUUCACUCCUCUCUUUAUCAGUGGAAGCCUCCCUGAAGCACCUCAUGUGGCUCACCACCCCGGACCAUGUCUUUAACUCCGCAUUAGGUCUCUACGAUCUAAACCUCGCCGCUUUAGUAGCCUCCCACGCCCAGUCCCAGAAAGACCCAAAGGAGUUCCUCCCGGUCCUUCGAGCCUUGGCUGCCGAACCUCCGCCGAUCCGACGGCUCAGGGUUGACGUCAGGCUCGGGAGACUGGAGCAGGCGGUUCGCCAGCUGGUGGCUCCUGAUUCGCCGCUGAUGGUGGUGGGGAGGGGAGGUGGGAGGGGAGGUGGGAGGGGAGGAGGGAGAGGAGGAGGGAGGGGAGGAGGGAGGGAAGAGGGGAACGGAGUGGAGGAGGGAGAGGGAGGAGAGGGUGGUAGGGGCCCGGUGGGGAAGGGAGAGGAGGAGAAGGGAGGGGAGGAGAAGGCAGGGCGAGAGGGAAAGCAGCUAGUGGAAGAGGUUAUGGCGCUGGUGCAGACCCAUCCAGAUAGAUUGUUCCCCGUGGCUGCUGCUGCCACUGCAACAGCCAUCCUCUCUCAUCCCUCCGUCUCAUCCCCCUCUUCGUCCUCCGCCGCCUCCUCAUUGCCCUGUGCUCCUGCUUCUAUAGCUGCUUCUUCUGUACCUACCCUUGCCUCGGUCCGAACCUUCAUUCUCAACCAAUGGGCGGAGCACCUCUUCUCCCGAGCCUCUGAGGCCUCGCUUCCCGAAGCUUCUUUGCUCUUUACCGCAGCUGGCAACUUGCCUCGGGCACUCCAAGCCUACCGGCAGGCUGGGCAGUGGCGGAAGGCCCUAACCACGGCAGCAAGGCUUGGAUUCCCCAAGCCCGAGGUUCAGAAGCUGGCUCAGGAGCUUCGGGAAGAGCUGGUGGAGGUUGGGAGGAGGGCUGAAGCCGGGCGGCUGGCUAUCGAAUACGAGGGGGAUUCGGACGGUGGGAUUCGUCUUCUAGUGGAGGCGCACUGCUGGGAGCAGGCAGUGGAGGAGGCUGGUAGGGGGGGACAGGUGUGGCUCAUUGAUUCGCUGAUCGUGCCAGCUGCGGUCGAAGCAGCAAGGGGGAUGCUAACGGAUAUGGAUGAGACUCAGGGGAAAAUCACAGCCUACGUACACAGGUUUGGUGCAGUGCGGUGCAAAAGGGUGCAGAUGGAGGAGAAGCUGAGGGUUGAGAGGGAGGAGAGGGAGGAGGUGGAGAGGAGGAGGAGGGAGGAGUAUGGGGAGGAGUAUGGGGGAGGGGGGAUGGAUGAGGCAUCGGAAACUGCAUCGAUGGCAUCCAGCGAUGUGGGCAGUAUGGCAAGUGGCGUUACUGGCUUGAGUGCCUAUACUGCAGGCUCAUCGUCGCGGGUAAGCACGGCCAGUGGGUGGACGGCAGGCAGCAAGCGCACGAAUGUGAGGGCAGCCAGGAGAAAACAACAGAAGGCCGACAAAGGGAGGAGAAUCCGCGCUGGCAGUCCUGACGAGGAGCAGGCACUAGCAGAGCACAUUCGCAUGCUGGGGCCUUCCUCCCAGACCUUGGACGAGGUUCAGCAGUUGCUGGAGCUGCUGGCAGGUUGGGGGCACGAGCCUUUGGCUCGGAGGCUCCAGGCCCGGGUGGGAGCUUUGAUUGCGACUCAUAAGGCUGCUGUUGCGGAGGUUGAAGCAGCUCUUGACGAGGAUAGACUGAAGGCGGCAGUAGGAGUUGAAGGGGGUUUGUGUUCUAAGGAUGCUAAAACCGGUGCAUCAAAAGACGUUGGGACUGCUUCAGCUACGAAGCAAGACGUGAAGUGGAAGUGGGAGGUCUUAGAAGGCAUUUGAACGAAUUGUGCGGAUAAUGCCGUGUUGAAGAAGAAUAGUCCUGCACACAUUUGUAAUGCUACGAUUUCUUGGAACCCCCACAUAUAA